AGAAGGUCUUUUUUUUUUCUUUCAAUUGCCCGGAGCAUCGGGAAUUCUGUUCCUCUUCCUAUUUCAAGUACAUACAGACACUCAGUGACUACGGGGACUUGAUCCUGGUGUUUGCACCGCUCGCACCUCAUCGUCAGUUUCCUCCCGCCGAAGUUUCGCGCACACCUACUUUGAGCAAAAUAACGCCAAUUACGAAAGAAGAAAACAUGUCGGACAGUGAAUCUGGUUCGACAAGCAGGUCAGCUUCUCCCGAACUCAAUACGAAGGCGAAGGCUAUCAAGGAGGCGACGGAAGAGAAGCGCAGAAAGAAGCCAAAGGGUUCAGUCGAGUCGACGGAUGCGUCAAGCGUAGGGUCUGGAGAAGAAGGAAACAGUUCUAGUGAAAAUGACAGUGGCGAUGAUGGUACCUCCUCGUCAGCAAGCAGUGAUGCUGAGGCUUCAACGAAAGGAAAGACUAAAAGCGUCUCCUUCAAUACCCAGAAGACCUUCAAGCCGCCUCCUGGGUUCAAGUCGGUGAAAAAGAUGCCUGCGCCGUCUUCCAACGUCUCCUCCCUUCUCUCCAAUCUCCGCGGCAAGCAAGUUUUCCAUAUCACGGCUCCAUCCUUCCUACCACUCUCCAAAGUUAAAGAAAUCUCUCUUGCCAAAGUCCUACAAGGCGAACCAAUUUUGAAACAUGAAGGUGCAAACUACGGUAUUCCGGCAGACGAUCUGAUGCACCAGGAGACUGGAUCCAACUCCGUUUUUCUCUACGACGCGAAGACUGAGACAUACUACCCUACAUCUGCCAGAAAUAUCAAGAGCUAUCACAUUCAGGAGAUGGUUUCUAUUCCAAAAGGUUCUAUGAACAAUAGCGCACCAUCUGAGUCGGUCAAACCCCCCAAACCGCAGCCUAGGCACUUGAAGAUGCGCUUUCGACCGGUAGGAAGCGGAAAUGGACCACCAGAGACCAUUGGCUCAAGUUCGGAGUCAGAGGGAGAAGAACCUACAUUCAAGAUGCCCAAGGCCUUGAGCAGGGAGCGUGAAGAGCGGAAGCGGAAACACGAACUCACAGAAGGCGACGGAAAGCAGGCAGGACUGCCCCGAAAGAAGUCAAAGAAGCAUUCGUUGUCUCAAGAUACUGCGACCGAGCUAUCCUCCUCUCAAAUAGAACCAGUUUCCUCACAAGAUGGAGAGCGUGGCCGCGAGAAAUCCAAGAAAUCACACAAGCAUCGGAACGAGACCAGCGAAGAACGAAGAACUCGUCGAGAGCAGAAAAAGCGCAGAAAAUCGGAGAAGGCGUCAGCCUGAGGUGUCUUUUUAGUUUCUUUAUGUUGGGACGAUUUUCAGAAAAGUUAAUAGACGGAUUAUCGUUUGCUAUGAUGUUGUAGCUGUACGGUAUAUAGAAUGUUUCAUUAUACAGUAAUAGUAGAUAGGUAGUACCUAUGGUGAUAGUUCCGUCCAACGAUUACCCGUGCGAUACUAUAGAGUCGGGUAAACUAGUACUAGUUAGUUAUCUAGUUGCAUAACACUUGGGUUGUAU